AGAGUGCUUGAAAUCCCAACUCAAGACGUCUCGAGCUGAGCGAGAUAAAAAUCCGGGAGCGCCUGUGAGAGAGACUUUGAAUCUCGGCGACAAGGCCAAGAGCUUGAGGAGAUGACUAAUUUCCAGAAACCUUCGAUUAAGGUGGGAGGGGUCAUAUGGUCAGACUUCAGCAGCGAACGAAACGAAACGGAAGGGAAGUAUACUGUCAUCUUAAGUCAUCCACAACACUCUGCUAUUGAAUCUGGAAGCGAAGCCGCAUAUUCAACCAGCCAGUUCGUCGACGAGGUUACUCUCGAACUUGGCUAUUCAAACUACUGCAAGCCCCACGCACAGUGCUGCAGGUGCUGCAGCAAAGAUCAGUUGAGAAGCUGUUGCCUUCUCCCAAGCGCCCAGGGUGUGUACUCUCUACGUCGACAGUCUUCCAACUCAAUGACCGCGGUGAAUUUCGUGCGUUUCGACCAGCUUGCACCGGACGUCCAUGACGUUCCUGGAGGACUAACCAUAGGAGACUUAUUCAUGUUUGUUCAGGCUACCGAGUUCAAAGAAAGCCUAGAAAUGCAGCAAGAUUUCAGAAAGCAACUCGCCCAGCCGAAAGAGGCCUUCAUUGGACCGAAACCAAACGAAGAAGACAUGAUCUCACGUUUGCACAUGCGCCCUUUGAGCGGAGGGCAAAUUGGAAGAAAUUGA